CUCCUCCCCAUCCACACUCUCUUUCUCAAUCCCAUCGACCAAAGCAGCAGCUGGCUUUGCAUAUCACAACAACAACCCCUCCAUUUGUCUCACCAUCACUUCUUCGUCCUUUUGGCACAAUUCCGCACUCUAUUUUCCGUCCACACCACCACCCACCCUCAAGCCCUUGCCCAGUGUCGUCACUUGGCAGACCUUGGCCACCCAUCUCCCAGAUCAUGUCCAGCCUGUCAUCCUCAGCGGCCCCGGCCGGCGGCGAUGGCCCAACUCGCCUCCCUUCCAUUUCGCGGGCCGGUCGCCGAUCCUCUCAAUCUGCAUCGGGUACUGGUGUCGUUCGACGACCUUCACGAGCUACGCACCCCCCAGUUGUGCCCUCCAAGCCCCUUACCCAUCAUGAGGCGCUGGAAGCACUCCGUGCGUUCCUCAAAGAGCGUUCAUCAUAUGACGUCUUCCCUGUCAGCUUUCGUUUGAUUGUCCUGGACAGUCAACUGAAGGUCAAGAAGGCCCUCGACGUCAUGUUACUUUACGGUGUCGUGUCUGCACCUCUGUGGAACACGACCAGCGCGACCUUUGCUGGCAUGUUCACGGUCCAAGAUGUCAUUCAUCUCAUCCAGUUCUACUACCAUACCUCGAGUUGGGAAGGAGCAACUGCCGAUGUGGAGCAGUUCAGGCUGCAGAGCCUCAGAGACAUUGAACGCGAACUGCACGUUCCCCCUCCACCCCUGCUCUCCAUUCAUCCCCUCCAACCCCUAAUCGAUGCCUGCAAGUUCUUGAUUCAGACACAUGCCCGUCGUCUCCCCUUGAUAGACAAGGACUCCCAGACAGGCGGUGAGGUGGUGAUCAGUGUCUUGACCCAGUACCGAGUGCUCAAGUUCAUUGCCAUGAACUGUCGUGAUAUCACUCAGUACUUGACAGCCGGUGUCCAAGAGCUGGGCAUUGGAACCUACGUCAAGGACCCAACUCCAGAGAACCCGUUCCACCCCAUUGCGACUGCUACGCUUCAGACCACCGUCUUUGACGUCGUUCACAUGUUCUCCGAGCUGGGAAUCAGUGCCGUUCCCAUUGUUGAUGAUGAAGGAAAGGUGGUCAACCUUUACGAGACUGUGGACGUUAUUACCCUCGUGCGGCUUGGCGCGUAUCAGUCCUUGGACUUUACGAUUGCCCAGGCGCUUAAGCAGCGUGCGCUGGACUUCCCGGGCGUUGUAACAUGCCAUCCCAAGGAUUCGCUGGGCGCCGUGUUCUCGUUGAUCAAGAUUCGACGUGUCCAUCGCUUAGUCGUCGUCGCUGGCGCCGACGACCCCCAGCCCGGUCGCUUGGUUGGCGUGAUCAGCUUGAGCGACAUUAUGAGGCACCUCAUUAACGAUGGUGUUCUUCCUCAGCACAUGCCAGCACCUGACGAGGUGGCCGAGUCGGCCAUUGAGGAGGACAGCUGAGGAUGCUUAUACAGUAGAUUGUUGCCUAGACGUGAACCGUGUAACCUGCUUUCUGUACCAUGC